UAGACUGACAGAAGAACCUUCCGUUUGCCAGAGAAGAGUCAGUCUAGAUGAAAAAGAGAGAUAAAAAGAGGUGGAUGUGAGGCUAGACACCGGUCCUACCUAAGAGAUUGUGGACCAGCAUCUGUAUCCUGGAGAAACACAUGAGGAGCAAGACGGAGAGGAACCAAUGAGACCUGACUUCAUCACACGCGAACCUCGUACGCUUGUUGGGAUCUACAGGACCUGAUAGAAAGCGUGCAUUACGGGCGUCAUGCCUGCUGCGCUGAAGUCAUCUUUGGAUGGGAGCAUGACUGACUCGGGCGAGCUGGAGCAGGCAGCGCCUCCCUGCCUCGGAAAGGUCCCCCGUGACCUGCUCCGAAACUUUCCUCAUACUAAACGCGUGGGCAGCUACCUGGUGGGUAAAAUGAUCAACAAGGGCUCCUUCGCCAAGGUUAUGCUGGGCAUGCACAUCACCACGGGGGAGAAGGUGGCGAUCAAGGUGAUAGAUAAGAAGAAGGCUCGACAGGAUUCGUACGUUUUGAAGAACAUGAAACGCGAACCACGGAUUCACCAGCUGAUCCGCCACCCGAACAUUGUCUUGCUGUUGGAGACGCUGGAGACAGAGAACUGCUACUAUAUGGCCAUGGAGCUGUGCGGUGGAGGAGAUCUGAUGGACCGCAUUUGUGAACGCAAGCGGCUGGAGGAGAGAGAGGUGCGCAGAUACACCCGCCAGAUACUUUCUGCAGUGGAUCACCUGCACAAACACGGCAUAGUUCACAGGGAUCUGAAGAUCGAGAACUUUCUACUGGAUGAGCACAACAACAUUAAGAUUGUUGACUUUGGUUUAAGUAACACCCUGAAGUCAGAUUCCCUCUCUCUCGAUCUGUUAAAUACUCAAUGUGGAAGUCCAGCUUACGCGGCACCUGAACUGUUGGCCCACAGAAAAUACGGCCCUAAAGUGGACAUGUGGUCCGUGGGUGUGAGUAUGUUUGCGAUGUUGACAGGGACAUUGCCAUUUACUGUGGAGCCCUUCAACAUCAAGCAACUCCAUCAAAAGAUGGUGAAUGGAGAAAUCAGCGCUAUACCAUCAGACAUCAGCAAAGCGGCUGUACAGUUUGUCUUGUCUCUGCUGGAGCCAGAACCGGAAAAAAGACCAACGGUCAAAGCAGCCAUGCAGGACAAAUGGCUGAAUGAAGGUUUUUCCAAGAGACUCCUCCAGACUGUCGCGUAUAGAAACAGAUUACGUCCUGAGGAUCUGAAUUCAGGCUUGAUGAAUUACAUGACAGAAUCUCUUGGUUACGGCCUUUCUGACAUCAUCCAUACUGUCAUCAGCAACAAGGCAUCUGCCAUCUUAGCCUCCUACCAUCUACUGCUGAAGAAACUCACCAGGUAUCAGAAAGUAGUCAAGGCGACAAAGAGAGAAGAAAACAUUGAAUGGAGUCUUUUAAAUAAAGGCUUUUCAAGAGAGAAAAGCCAUUCAGAUCCAAAGAGUCAGCAGCAGUCUCCUCAAAGUGAUGCAUCCAAUGAGAGGAAUUCAAAGCACACCAGUAGGACCGAGAGGAGUCGGUCCCAGGACAGAGACGCCCAGAGUGGCAGGAAAAGGCCAGUGACAGUCAGACCCAGACAGCCAAGCCCGAUAAAUAGAGCAGAUUCCCCCAGAUCACUGCCUGUGGAUACAACUAAUGAUAUUGCCAUACUGGAGACACAUGACAGACUGAUUCAUAAAGUUUCAACUUUUGGUGAAAAGGAGGUGCUUCAUAUCUCACCACCCCAGUGUUCGUGCCGAGAGGGGAGUGCCACACAUCUUUGUGACUCUGCUCCUUGUGAUGCCAUCGUAGCCGCAGACACGUCCAGAGACUCCCAGACAAUGAGAACAUCAAACAAGCAGCGGGAUAUGAGAACAACUUACUCUGACAAAUAUCAAGGCUUGGAAUCUGAACAACAAGACGAUCACAAACUGGAGAAGCUGCAGACAUUCUACUCCGAGAAAGGUGCAUCUCCAAGAACGCACCUGGAGAGCAGAGCAGGACAGCGCUUUAAGGAUCUCUUGCUGGCUAUUGAGGAGAAAACGUAUAACGCUCGCCACAUUGAACCCUCGGCGCAAACCUCACCGUUACCACGACUACGCCAUACCGGAACACUUAAAGUAGCCACGGCUAGAAAAGUGACUUGGAUUGGCCUCACGCGCCACGCCACCGCUGGCACAGGCUCCUCGCCUUUCUUAGUGAAUGGGUCCAAACCACCAUUGUUCCCGUCACAGAGACAACAAGCUCUUGUUAUUAAAAACCUGAGACACAGGAAGGAGAAGAGAAGUGCAGGAGGGGGAGGAGGGAUAAGUGUCGCUCCCAGUGCCACGAAAAGGAACUCCGUUCAGUUACGGACGGCUAUACAACAGCGCAGGACCACGGAUCUCAACCUACCAAUGCUCCCAUCGGCUUUACAGAACAAAUCGGACAAAAAGACUGACAUACUUAGAAUGGACUUUGGGUGACAGAGGUUUAGAGAGGAAGUAGAAGAAGGAAAGUGUAAGACGCAGGGAAAGUCAAUUUGAUGUUUUCCUUAAAUGGCUGAACCACAUUUCCAUCAUUGUGUGUCUCCCUCAUCUACUCCCUCUCUGAUCCGAGAAUAGUCAUCUUCAAAUCAACAUUGAUCCCUCCAUUAUCUCAUUACUAUGCCUCCUGUUCUCCAUGCCCCCUUGGCUUGCUCUUAUCCCUCAGUCCCAGGACAAUUUGACUACUCUUGGGUUUCUCAAUUGUUUGAUUGGGAUUUGACUGAUGCCCUUUGUAGGUUUUAAGCCGCUAUCAUGUUUCUACCUUUAUGAAUGAAUGCAUCUCAAUGAGAUCACUCAACUCUGCCAGUCGGUGCCAAAGAAUGAGCAUCCAUAAGCCAGCCAUGGCAUAUGGCGAAGAAUAUUUAUGACGUAAUUCAACGGAUGCUUGCGAUU